AUGGGUACAUCGGAAAAGAAGCAGUACCGCAGCUCGAGCGAAAAUAAUAGUUCCAAUGAUAACUCGUCAGAUGAGGAGCAAGAAAAGAAAAAAAAGUUAAUAGCAAGGGGAAGGGAAAAAGGACGAGAAAAAGAAAAAGAGAAGGAUAGAGAUAGAGAUAGAGAUAGGGACAGGGAAAAAAGGAAAAAGAUGAGACUCGAAAGGGACGGGGAAAUAAUGAAGGAGGAAAUAUGCAAAGACGACAAGGAUCAGGAUAAAGACCAGAUGAAGGAAAGAAGGAAAAACGACGAAACAAAAAGAAAAAAACGUGAAGAAAGUUCAUGUAAUGGAAGUAAAAAGAAAAAGAAAAAAAAAAGAACAAACCACGGGGAAGAAUAUGAUAAGGAACGUAACAAUGAUGAACUUAACAAUGAUAAACUUAAUGAUGAACUUAACAAUGAUGAACUUAACAAUGAUGCUCGUAAUAAUUAUUAUGUUAAUCAUAGCAAUGACGCUCUUGCCAACGGGAGUAGCGGCAGCGAAUGUAACUCAUAUGAGAAUAAAGAGUAUGAAAUGUUGAUAGAUGAAAAAGCACAUAAAGGUAAGAAACGAAAUGAUAGAGAUAGAAGUACAAAUGGACAAUCUGAUGCGAGCAGUACGUUAGUAAGAACCAAAAGGAAUAACAGAGAAAGCAGUGAAAGGUUAAAGAAAAAAAAAAAGAAACGAGAUAGAAGCAGUGAAUAUAAAAUUAAAGGUUCCUAUGCGGAUGUCGAGAUACGUAUGAGGAGCAAACAUAGGUAUAGAAGUUUGGAAAGAAAAAUGAAUGAAAAACGUAAAGAAAGAAGAGUGGAAAGGAGAGAAGAAAGGAGGAGUAGCAGCGGUGUGGGAUAUAGCAGUAGUGAUGGUAAGAGCAACUCGAAUGGAAGUACAGCUAGCAGUACUAAUGAACACAGAAUAGAUGGUAUAACUAGGGGCAGAGUUAGAAGUAGAAGUAGGGGAAGAAGCGGGGACCGAGUUAGAAGUAGAAGUAGGGGAAGAAGCGGGGACCGAGUUAGAAGUAGAAGUAGGGGAAGAAGUGGGGACCGAGUUAGAAGUAGAAGUAGGGGAAGAAGUGGGGACCGAGUUAGAAGUAGAAGUAGGGGAAAGAGUGAGGAAAGAAGGAAACGGAAACGAAGAAGAGGGAGAAGCAGCACAGAAAGAACGUCGAGGAGGCAUAGGUAUCAUAGGAGUAGUAGUGAACGAAGAAGCUCGGAAAGAAGGCAUAGUAGUAGAUCUAGAAGAAGAAGAAGAAGAAGAGUAUCAGGAGUAAUAGAAGUAAGAAGACGACACGAUGAAGAGAAAAAUAAAAAUUAUAAAUUUGAUUCUCCACCAGAUUCUGCUGAUGAUGAGGGGGAUAAGAAAUCCAGUAGAAAUAAUUUCUCAUCUGGAACAAAGAAUAAUGUGAGUUUGUUCAGUAACAGUGUGGGUGGUGAUGCAAUACUAAAUAAUACGAAUAUAGUAACUGCAAGUAAUGAUAUAUCAGUUAGUCAAGCGAGCAAUUCUAAUAAUAAUAUUGAAAAUUUAAUACAAACUUUAAAUAGUAAUAUUAUGAACAACUGUACGACUAGUUCACCUUGUAGUAUUCUUAGUACUAUUAAUAGUAACCUAAGUACAAAUACAUUGCUAAGUGAUGCUACAACUACGUUAGCUAGUAAUUUACUUCUAGACAGUAGUAGGAAUAAACUAUUAGAUGAGAAGGGAUUAUUACUAAACCAGUCUAAAUUAAAUAUACUAUUGAAUAGUCAGUUAAAGUUAAAUAAUCAGUCUUUACAACAGUUGUAUAAAAGUGCAUUAAAUUUAAAUGAUUUAUGUCUGUCGUCUUUAGAUGCUACUGCUGAGAAGACGGCUAGAGAGUUAUAUGUAGGAAAUAUACCACAGCAUAUAGAUGUACAACAAAUAGUGAAAUUUCUAAAUACAUGUUUAUUAAUCUUAUAUAAUAAAGAAAAUGAUAAUGAAAAUAUUUGUUUAAAAGCAUGUAUAAGAGGUGAUACUCACUAUGCGUUUGUUGAGUUUAGAAAUUUACAAGACACAUCUAACUGUAUGUUAUUAAAUGGAAUAAAUUUCUAUGGUAAUAAUCUAAGAAUAGGUAGACCUAAAACCUUCCCUACUGAGUUAACUAAUCUUAUACCCCCAGCAACUAUACCAGUUAUAGAUAAUUAUUAUCUUUCUCAAGGGCUCUUAGGAUUAAAAGCCUUUUCAAUAAUUAACCAGAAUGAAGGAAAAGUAAAAAAUGAUUAUCAUCUACCAAUGAAUAUGAUAAAUUUACAAAAAUUAUGUGCUUCAAAUAUAUCAAAGAGUAAUGAAACGAGUAAAAUAAAAGAACUUUUAGAAGCUUUUGGUGAAAUAAAAAAUUUAGAAUUUUUCGAAGGAGAAGAAUUUUCAGAUACAUACAUCUGCUUAGUUGAAUAUACUAGUGCCGAAAAUGCUAUUCAAGCACAUAAAAUUUUAAAUCAAAAUACUAGUUAUAAAAUACAGUUUGAGUAUGAAAUACUGAAUGACCCUGUUAUUAAUAAACUAGUAAAAAAAAAAUAUUUGAAAUCUGAGAAUUCUAUUCUUUCUCAACAGAUUCCUACUAAAGCGGUUGUACUUAACAAAAUUGCUACAUUCGAUGAACUAUCUGACACAAGUGAAUAUAAAGAUAUAAAGGAGGAUAUAAAGAUCGAAUGUGAGAAGUAUGGAACCGUAGUCGAAAUUGUGCUCCCAGUCUUCUCGAGGGAUACAUACGACUACUUGCUGAGGGUUAAGCGCAGCCAUGGGGGGAGUGAAGCAGUGGAAAAGCAGAAAGAAGCGGAAGAUGAGAAGCACAAAGUGGAUGUGGCAGAUUCUGCAGAUUCGGCAGAUAUGACAGAUGUGGCAGUUAAUUUCAAGCGAAAGGGGGAAGCACCUCCAGUGUGUAUGGGCGAGGGGAAGAUGGAAAAUCCGAAUGGAGAUGGGCACAGCAUAGUGGAAGACAGCACAAAAGAGAACCAGGGGGAUCUUCCAAAUGAUGACUUGACCCAUCCGAACUAUGAUCUCACAUCUAUUGGGUGUGCAUUCAUCUAUUUUGAAAAUAUUGAAUCAGCUACAAAAGCAAGGAAAGAGUUGAGCGGUCGAAAAUUCGGAGCGAACAUCAUUGAAGCAAAUUAUUACAGCGAAAAGAAAUUUUUAAUGAAAAAUUUUAAAAACGUAAAGUACAAUUUUAAGAAAUCCCAUUCGUCUCUUUUCAAUGUGAAUCUGAAGCUGGGAAACUACUCUUAUUCGGACUGCUCGGAGGAUGACUAG